AUGGGGGAGCCAACGUUUGAGCAGUUCAUGUACUUGUACUCGAUUUUGAAGCAACAGGGAAAUUUUGGUUGGGUAGAAGCCAAUUGCCGAAAGGCAAAAGAGAUGGGUUAUUUCAUUAGUUGGAUGCCUUCUACUCAAAAAUCUUGGAGGAACAGGUGGUGUUUGGCCUAUGGUGAUUGGGAGUGUCCUCUCGGGAAGACCGUCACCAAAGAUAUUCCUACCCACUUCCAAUCUAUAGGUUCGAUGAAGUGGGGGCCGAUAUCCAAGGGGAAGGAAGAUGAAGUUGAGAGGGUGAGGCUACUGCUGUCAGAGACUGAGCUGGAGUACCGAAAUCUAGUCACCCAGGAGAAUUUGCUGGAGUCCGGACUCUUGCAAGGGAUGGCAGGUGUUGUAAAAGGUAGCACAAAGGUGGUUGUGGAUAUUGAUGAGCAUCCUAGAGGUGACGAUGAAGGGCUGGUUACCGAUGCCUUGGCGGCAAAGAAGAAGGCAUUGGAGGAAGCUCACCAGAGUGUGAUGGGGACGAGGCUGAGUCUUCCUCAUUUUUAUUUGCAGGCGUCGCCGAAGCUCCCUUUUGGUAUGAAGGAUGUUUUUGCUGAGGGGGUGGAAAUGGUGGACUUCGGCAAGCUAUGUCGGCAGAAGAAGGAGGUGAACCUAGCCAUGCAUCGGCAGAAGGGUCUAGGCUGUUUACUUAUAAUAGUACUUGAGGUGAUCAGCAUUCCAAGGAUGAGGCAAAGUCUUGCCUUUGGGAUCACGAAGCUGAUAAGUGCCGGGGCGGCAGACUUUGGUAAUAUCAUAUGGACCUUCCCAUGUAGGUCCCAAGGCACCUUCAGUAGGGUUUUUGGUGGCCAAGGAAACCUUGUGCAUGACCCAGUCCCCGAUCUUGAAAGAACAGGGUUUGACUCGGAAGUCAUAGUACUUGGUGAUCCGCUAUUUGUAAGCGAUGUUGCGCAUGUUGGAUUGGUCACAGAGCUCGUCGAUGAAGUCGAGCCAAGCUCUAUUGGUGCCACAGCUUCGGUACCAAAGGAAAUAGAGAAAGGCGGUCUUCAGAGUCUUCUUAAUGAUCUUGUUUACGGCUUUAACCUGGCCAUUGGAUUGAGGAUGGGCUGUGGAAGCGAAACAAAGACGUAUCUUUAG